UGUGUAUAUAUAGAGAGAGUUCAUUGAAUAAAAGAGAAGUCUUACAAGAUAAUUCAAAAAUGAGACUGGGAGAAACUAUAAAACGAAUCAUCUACGGAAAAGGGGUCACACCAUUGCCGCUUGGAAUAACACUGACUUCGUUCUUAUUUGUCCUGUUUAGUGCUAUGGCAAUUACAAACGUUUUUUCUUAUCUCCCGAAGCUUGUAAAGGAAUUCAAUGUCUCUGAAGUUAAUACAGCAAAAUCGGUUGGUGCUAUUUCAUCUGCUAUGUUCGGAGGUAGAAUUGCUAGCAGCAUUAUUUGGGGAUAUAUAUGCGACAAAGUUGGAAAAAGAGUUUCUUUAAUAUUAGCUACUACUUUCUUGGCAGUAUCAACAUUGUUUUUUGGUUUUAGUUUCAAUGUAACAUGGACUAUAAUUGCACGAUCUCUUCAGGGAUUAGCUAUGGGUUUAAUUGUAAUAACAAAAGCUAUUAUAUCAGAUGUUGCCGAUAACUCAAAUCUUGCCGCAGGACUAAGUUUUAUUUUUUCUGCAAGCAAUAUUGGAUAUGUAGUUGGUCCUAGUAUGUCAGGAUAUCUGGUUUUCCCUGUAGAAAAGUAUCCAAACGUGUUUAAAAAAGGAUCACUUUUUGACCUCUUCAAAGUUUUAAUUCCGAAUUUUAUUAUUGCUGUUGGUCUUAUUGUCUCCUUAGUUGUUGCAUUAUUUCUGCUUCCAAAAAACAAACGUAACACACUCGACGAUCAAGAAAUCCCUAUUGAUAAUGUUAGCCUACCAUGCAUAGAGAACACUGAUAUAGUUAACGACACAAAGACAUUUGAAAAAGAUAUUCUACUAAAAAAAAAAAGACACUUAAUUACAAGUUAUUAUCAAAAGUUUAAAGCAUCAAAAGUGGGGGUGUUAAUGUCUAACAAAGAUUUUCUUAUUUCUGCAAUGGUUUACUUUGUGUACUCCAUAUAUACAGUUGGUUUUGAAGAAUUGUUUCCAGUAUAUGCUGCAACCUCAAUAGAAUACAAUGGUCUGGGUAUGAGUCCAUCUAAUAUUGGUUUGUUUUAUAUGGUGUCUGGAUUUGCUGCCAUCAUGACUCAGUUUCUAAUCACAAACAAACUUAUCAAUAAAUAUGGAGCUAAAAAGAUAUUUUGUUAUUCCAUAUUUAUUUUUGCUUUGUUUGCUGUAUAUUAUCCAACAAAUGGCUUAAUUAAAAAUAGAACGUUUAUGUGGAUAUCAUUAUGGGUAACUCAAUGUUUUACACGAUCAAUGUUUAGUACUGGAGUGCUAUGUGUUAAUAUGUUCCUGAACAACUCAGUAGAUUCUCAUCAACGCGGAUUAGCUAAUGGAAUAGGUUUAUCCCUUGCUUCAGUAGGAAGGUCCAUUGGUGCUGCAAGUUUUGGCACUGCCUAUUCGUGGUCUUUGAAAAAUGUGAAAGUAAACAAAGAUCGUGGUUUCCCGCUGAAUGAAUAUUUUGCGUUCAUGCUCAUUUCUGUUUUUGCGAUGUUUUUUCUCGUUUUCAUAACCCGUCUACCAAUCAGAUUAAAUAAAAAGAAGUGUAAAUAGUUUAAAAGAAACAAAUACAGAUAUUUAUUUUGUAUUAAAAUAAUUUUAUGCAAUAAUAAAAAAAGUAAAUACUGAAAGCGAUUUUUUUGUUUUU